GCCGCCGCCCGAGCCCCGGCCCCGCGUCUCUCUGCCUAUCUCUUAUCCUAUACCGGCUGCAGCCGGUCUCCGCCGGCCUCGGGGGCGCGCCGCCGCCGACCAUGUGCUGGGAGCGCCGAGCGCCGGCAAGGAGGGGGCCGGCCUGGCGCGCGCGCGCGGGCCCACGUGGAUCGGGGCCGCGCAAGGCACGCGUCCCGCCUGCCGGCUGCCGGGGCUGGGGGUCACGGAAGGUGGAAGAUACCAAGAGCCAGUUAAGCACUCAAAUAAGAAGGAAAACAUCUGUUGGCAUGGAAAAGUGAUUAUUUCCCCAGCUACUGAGUACAGCACAACUGGCCUGGCUGUUUUCAACUCUGUUUUCUUGUCAGAUUUUGUUCUUUCAGGAAAGCUUACAGAAACCUCAGCCAUCUGGAACUCAGAGACUCAUUUGGGGCUGACUGUGGCUUCUUGAACAUCCAGGUGUUCUGCAGAUGUGAGAAUUUAUCCUGUAAUCACCAGCUGGAGUCCUAAGCAGAUGCACGACUUGUGGUGUGGCCCUAUCCUCCUUGAGUGAAGAGGGUCACUUGCGCUCUAAGUGGCCAAAGAGUGGUGAUUGACAUUGAUAGCUGAAUGCCGCACCCAGCCAGUCAUCUUACCAAGCUGUGACAAGAAGACAUCUUCAGGGUACCAAUCCAAUUUAGGGCGACACAUUUCCUGACUCUCUUGGAUUAGGAUUCCAGACGGGGACCUUAUCUCUGUAGCUCCUACCAUUCCUGUAGCCAUUAUUAACACCAGGGUUUUUUUUUUGCCAACUAGAAACAUGCUCCUUGGUGGCUUCCUGCACUCAAGGUGAACAAAGAGAAAACUCUUAGAGAAAUCUGUGGUGGUGGCCCGUUAUCACUCAAUCAAGACAACAGGAGUCUCUGUGUGCCACCAUGGGCUGGCUUUUUCUAAAGGUUUUGCUGGUUGGCAUGACUUUCUCUGGAUUUCUCUACCCUCUUGUGGAUUUCUCAAUCAAUGGGAAAACAAGAGCCCCCAAACCAAACAUUGUGAUCAUUUUGGCUGAUGAUAUGGGAUGGGGUGACCUGGGAGCAAACUGGGCAGAAACAAAGGUCACCCCUAAUCUUGACAAGAUGGCUGCUGAAGGAAUGAGGUUUGUAGACUUCCACGCGGCCGCUUCCACCUGCUCUCCUUCGCGAGCCUCCCUGCUGACUGGCCGGCUGGGUCUACGUAACGGAGUCACGCACAACUUUGCCGUCACGUCCGUAGGGGGGCUUCCACUCGAUGAGACCACCUUGGCCGAGGUGCUGCAGCGGGCUGGCUAUGCCACUGCCAUGAUAGGAAAAUGGCAUCUUGGGCACCAUGGCCCUUAUCACCCCAAUUUUCGAGGUUUUGAUUACUACUUUGGAAUCCCAUACAGCCAUGACAUGGGCUGUACUGACACCCCCGGCUACAACCACCCUCCUUGUCCAGCAUGUCCCCAGAGCGAUGGCCUACGGAGGAGCCCCGAGAGGGACUGUUACACAGAUGUGGCCCUUCCCCUCUAUGAAAACCUCAACAUCGUAGAGCAGCCAGUGAACCUGAGUGGCCUUGCGCGGAAGUAUGCAGAAAAGGCGGCGGAGUUCAUUGAGCAGGCAAGCACCAGUGGAAGACCCUUCCUGCUCUAUGUGGGCCUGGCACACAUGCAUGUGCCUUUGUCUGCAACGCCACCGUUGGAAAACCCACAGAGCCAAAGGCCGUACCAUGCAAGUCUCCGCGAGAUGGACAGUCUGGUAGGGCAGAUCAAGGACAAGGUGGACCAUGUGGCAAAAGAAAACACGCUCCUCUGGUUUACAGGAGACAACGGCCCAUGGGCUCAGAAGUGUGAGCUGGCAGGCAGCACGGGUCCCUUCUUUGGACUGUGGCAAACCCAUCAAGAUGAAGAUAGAAGCCGGAAGGAAUUGAGUCACUUGCCCAAGGUCACACAGUUGGUGAGAAGACACCACGUUUCCCACUAUAGUCAAAGCGGAAGUUCAGCCAAGCAGACCACCUGGGAAGGUGGGCAUCGCGUCCCGGCACUGGCUCACUGGCCUGGCAGAGUCCCAGCCAAUGUCACUAGCAUGGCUUUGUUAAGUGUGCUGGACGUCUUCCCAACGGCGAUAGCCCUGGCAGGAGCCAGCUUGCCUCCAAACAGGAACUUUGACGGCCUUGAUGCCUCUGAGGUGCUCUUUGGCAGGUCACAGGUGGGGCACAGGGUAUUAUUCCAUCCCAACAGUGGGGCUGCUGGAGAGUAUGGAGCGCUGCAGACGGUUCGCCUGGACCAUCACAAGGCCUUCUACAUUACUGGUGGAGCCAAAGCUUGUGAUGGGAGCAUGGGCCCUGAGCAACACCACGCAUCCCCUCUCAUUUUCAACCUAGAAGAUGAUACCGCAGAAGCUGCGCCUCUACAGAGAGGAAGCCCUGAGUACCAGGCGGUGCUGCUGAAGGUCACCAGGAUGCUUGCAGAUGUCCUUCGUGACAUUGCUCAUGACAACUGUUCCCAGGCAGACUACACUCAGGAUCCUUCAGUGACCCCCUGCUGCGACCCCUACCAAAUUGCCUGUCGUUGUCAAACUGUGUGACGGGUCGUUCUUUUUCCCAUGAGAAAGGUGAUCUGGAAACUGCAGACAGGUUAGGUUCACUUCCAAACUUCAUUUUGGACAUGGAUGUCUACUUUCAGAAGGAAGUUGCAGAAUCUGGCUUGGAAGCUGUAACCUUCCCCCUCUUGUGUAGACUGCCCCCUCCGCAGGCUAGUUGAGAAGCGUCGAGCAUUGUGCGGUAGGCAUGGCAUGAUUGAGCACUAGUGGGCUAUGGAGUCACGGCACAGGUCCACGUCCUAGGUUUUAAGCUUGGACAAUGACUUAAAUCUCAAUUGCAAGUUGAUUUUGAAGGUUCAUGGGACAUAUGAAGUCGUCUGUGUAUCCCCAGCACUAAGCAGAUCCCAAGCAGGUCCUUAAUGUUUUAGCUUCUGUCUUAUGUUUCCAGUUUCACUGGUCACUGGAGCACAAACUCAUUCUGGCUGGUGUGUAGAGCUCAGCCAUCUGCGAUACACACAGAGAUCACCAGGGAAUCUUGCAAAAUGCAGAAUCUGGCUCAGGAGAUCUGGAGGAGGGUCUGGGAGACUACAUCAUUGCUGGAUUCCUUUGAGAUGCCUUGAGCAGCGCAGAGCUAAACCACAGUUAGGCCUUCCCAGGCCUUGGAGUUGAAGAACUCAUGGUUCUUUUCUCAUGUAAAUGUUACAUGGGUAUACUAUAAAGAUUCAGGAGUUUGGGGCUGAAGAAAUGGCCUAUCAGUUAAGAGCACUGGAUCUGGGUUCAGUUCCCAACACCUACAUGGUGGCUUAAACUGUGCAUAACACUAGUUCUAGGGGACCCACCACUCUCCUAUGGCCUCUGAGGAUGCCAGGCAUUCACGGGGUACACACACAUACAUAUAGGCAACACUUAAAAUAACAUUUAAGAUUUCUUCCCAGCUCCUAAAACUUCCAAUAAAACAAACAAACAAAAAACCAUAAACAACUCACAAAUGCAUUGCCAUGAUUUUAUUUAAUUAGUGUCCUGAAUGGGACUCAAGGGUAAUAAACAAUUUAUUCCAA